AUGAAUACAAAUGUUGAUGCUCAAACCUUAUUAACCCGCGUUAUUCAGUCAUUCCAUGACUCUGAAAAGAAAUCUAAAACUAUCGCAAAAGAAAUUAUUGAAAAACAAAAGAUGGAAGCCGAGGAAUCCGAAAAUGAAAAUGAUGUUUUACAAAAUAAAUGCAUAUUCUGCAAGAAUUUAAUUGAAAGCUCAGAACUUGUUUCGAUAUUACCAUGUUGCAAUGCAUUAUGUCACGUCAAAUGCAUUGCAAAACAUAAUUCUAAUUCUUGCCCUUCAUGUAAAGGCCGUAUUCCCCAAGAUUUUAAGAAUUUGUGCAACGAAUUAACACCUUACGCAGAUUAA